AUGGCAGAGAUUCCAUCAUUACGUGAAAUUAUCAAGCACAAGAAUGAGAAGAAAAGAACAGUAUCAUUACCUAGUCAUUUGAGAGAAAAUCGAGGUGGGAGAUUCAAACCUAAAAAUAAGAAUGCUAGGUUUAUUCAAAAAAUGGAGGGGGAUAUGUUACGAUGGGGGACACAUCAGAACAAUAAUAGUUUUUAUGGUUCUAAAUUAGCUAUUGAAGGGAAGCAUCCGUAUCAAAUUGAUACUUCCUUAAUAUUACAAGAACGAGAGAAAGAAAGAGAAAGACAAAAGCAACAAGAGAAGGAAAAAGAGAAAGAGAGAGAAAAGAAUAAAGAAAAUAUACAAUUUUUUUCAUUGCGUAAUGAAGAGCCAGGUGGAUUAUCAAUGAUGUAUGAUCCUCAAUCGCAGAGUGAAGAGAGCAGUGUAUAUACUUUGGAAUUAAAUUUCCCAAGCAAUCCAAAACGAUUUAAAAAUUUUAAACAAAAUUCCAAUAAUCAGGCAAAUAAUAGUAAUGAACCCAUUGAAUUACAAGAAAUCACUAUUGAUGAUGAGGAUUUCUAUUCCACCCUAAGUAAUACCCAUAACGUUCUUCACAAUUGUGUGAUUGAAGAUGAUUCUAAAAACAAUAAUAAACCCAUUACUGAUGGGUUGGUCGUCAAUGAGAUUGAAAAUAAAAAUGGUACAGAGAUAAGACAAGAAGAUAAUGAUAUUUAUAUAGCUCAGCCAUGUAGGAGUGCACAUCAUCAUGAUUCAAAUGUAAUGCCCAAUGAAAUGGAAGUAGUAAAUGAUACAAUGGAUUUAAAUGUCGAUAAUCCUUCGAACGUCAAUAUUGAGGAUUACUAUAGGUCGUAUUAUCAUCGUAGUAUUCCCAUUGAAUAUGUUAGGAUGAGUGAAAAUAUGAGGGAUGGCAACACAGGAAUUAUCAUGCCAAACACGAUCCCUCAGAGAGGUGUUCAAGUCUUGAACCCAAAUGAUGUAAUAUAUAAUAAUAAUAAUAAUAAUAAUAAUUCGAUAAAUCAUAUAAAUGGUACACAAAACAAUAACAAACCCUUUUCUUCCUAUUUCAAUUGGUUAACUACUCUUUGUUGUUUUACAAAUGAAACAAAUUUAAAUGAGCAUGCCGCCCAAAACCCACCAAAUAUUGAUCCAAACCCUUAA